UCGGAGGGGAAUCGGCUGGAAUCCGCGGAAAUCAUCCACAGGACUAUUUUCCUUUACUUAGCUAGCUAUCCAUCUGUCAACUACUAUCUCUCUUUUCCUUCGUGUUGCGGUCAAAACGCCACACUGGCGAUGUCGGAGUCAUACGAUUUCCUGUUUAAAUUCCUGGUGAUUGGGAAUGCUGGAACCGGCAAGUCCUGUCUGCUGCACCAGUUCAUAGAGAAGAGAUUUAAGGAUGAAUCCAACCACACAAUUGGAGUCGAGUUUGGCUCUAAGAUUAUUAGUGUGGUCAACAAAAUGGUCAAACUGCAGAUUUGGGACACUGCAGGACAAGAAAGGUUCAGGUCCGUGACCAGGAGUUACUACAGAGGAGCAGCAGGAGCUCUGCUAGUCUAUGAUAUCACCAGUCGAGAGACGUACAACGCCCUGACCACGUGGCUGAGCGAUGCCAGGAUGCUGGCCAGUCAGAAUAUCGUCAUCAUCCUCUGUGGAAACAAGAAGGACCUGGAUGCAGACAGAGAGGUCACGUUCCUGGAGGCUUCACGCUUCGCUCAGGAGAACGAGCUGAUGUUUCUGGAGACCAGCGCUCUAACAGGGGAAAACGUCGAAGAGGCCUUUGUCCAGUGCGCUCGGAAAAUCCUUAACAAGAUAGAGUCAGGGGAGCUGGAUCCAGAGAGGAUGGGGUCAGGAAUCCAGUACGGCGACGCUGCGUUACGACAGCUUCGUUCUCCUCGUCGCGCUCAGCCUCAGGGCACCCAGGAGUGUGGCUGCUAGUGGACGCGCCCAGUAACACACUCAGAAAAGGCCAGUGUGUCUGUACUGUGUGUGCAUGAAAUUAGUGUGUUUCAGACGGGCUUUUGAAGACCAGGAGAAGAACAGCCACAGGGGACCCAGGGUUCAGGUUGUUAUGCUGGUGAUUCAUCUCUGACCUUUGACCUUUUGUUUUGUUGUCAUGGCUGCACCUCCCAGCCACAUCCCCCUCAGUGGUAACAAGAGACCGCCCCCCAUCCAACAUACUGCUCUACUAUUGGACCAAUCUUUUCCCAACUCUCCAAUCAGGACGUGAAUUACUGACUAUCUUUCAAUCUGCCCUCACACCUGCUUACCUCCAAAUCUAAGUUGAAGUUUUCUCCCUUAACACCAAUCCCAUCGACAUUCAAUCUGGAGUACUUCAGGGGAAGUUUACAUUUUGGGAAGUUUAUUUUUUUUAGCAUUAGAGUUUAACAAACAAGAUAUAACACGAUUGAGGACAGUGUGUAGGAUUUAAGGGGAUUAAUGGCAUACAAGGAAUAUCAUAUUAUUUUUUAGGUGAAACAACUUUCCAGUACAAACACUUAAACAGCCCCUAUGUCUUAAAACUUGUAAAAAAAAUCACUGAUGGCCAAAUCCAGGGUUAUUUCCGUGCUGCUGUUCAGUGUUCAUACAGAAGAGUUAUUUUAUACCAAUUCGUAUAACCUUUAUCAUGCGCCACUGAACCACUUUUAUAUGAAUCAGUAGGACCCUGCCUCAAAAGAUGUUACUACUUCUCAUAAUACAUCCGUGUUUUACAGUGGCACAGAUCCGACAAACCCAACAUUGGCUCUAAGGAGGUGUUUUACUUGAAAGUGGCAACUUAAAUUGUGUUGCGAGUAUGCACCUGAAGGCCUCUGUAGUCUCUUUUACAUACUAGUAAAAAUGGGGAGGAGUAGAGGUGAACAUUUCUCACCACAAUAUCGCACUAAAUCCUACACACUGCUCCUUUUUAAGGGAAGUUCCUUUCUUUGUGCAUUCAAGUUAAACAAACAAUAAAUACCAUGUACAUUGCUCAGCUUCAGAUUGAUAUUUGAUGCAUGGACAUGAGUUAUGGAUUUUAUCAUCUAACUGUUGCCAAGAAAACUAUUGUAAACUAUUCCUUUAACCAUGUAUAUAUAUAUACACAUACAUACAUGGUAUAUAGCACUGUGUAUUUCUAUAUAUAUAUAUAUAUAUAUUUAAAAUCCUUCCCUACCUAAUUUCUCUCCCUCCACCCAGCUGCUCUGAUUGCCUUCCUGCUCACACUUUUUAAACACUCCACUAACAGUGUACUGUUUCUGCCUGUACAUUUUGCACUCCCUGUGUUCCUCCUACACACUCUCUCUCCUGUACAGUUCCCCGGGCGAUGCAGCUGCUGAAUGACACUUCAUCCCCCUGCCUACCUUACCCACUGUUUACACCCCAUCUGUCUCUCUGAUACCUCCUCACACCUCUUCCCGACCCCCCGACUGCAUCUUGUACACUGUACAGUGUUUCUGUAUAUAGAGACUGACGCAUGUUUUCUCCAACAGAAUAUCAGAGUAUUUGAUUAUGAAGAGAUAUUAUAUGUAUAUUAAAGUAGAUAUCAUAUCUAGCAUCUGUUUAAUGCUCCACUGUCUUAUUAUCAUGUAAAGCUACAUACUGGCAACUAGUAAGCAGUAUAGCUGGGCAGUACUGUUUGGAGAAUAUGUUUAUUUGUGAAUGGGACAAGCUCAUGUGAGUUAUGUUAAGUACUAACAGUUUUAUUAUCGUUCAAGCUCACACAUAAAGAAAAAAAAUUAUGAUCAUACAUUUGGCUUUUAUGGCAGAUGUAUGUAAUUUUUACAUGUCAUCUUUUGAAUUUACUCUGGCACACUCAGAGGUGUUACACACUCCUUCACCCAAAGGUUUGAAAUAAUGACUGAUCUCUCUCUUUUAAAAAUGAUGCCUGUUUAAAUAAAUACUUCUCUUACUGCUGCCAGCUGUUAGGAAAUACUAACUGAAUGCAUUUCAAGUUUUAGCAAUGGUAUAAAACUGCCUGAUGUGUGUUUGAUUUGUAUUUGUCUCCAAAGAUUCUUAAUUUUAAGUUCAGCCACAUUAAACUCAACAAAAGUCUUAAUUUGAAGAUCUAGAUUUAAAAAGGUGUGUUUUGCAUUGGUCUGUUCAAGCAUUACAACAUUUGUUGUUUUUUUCUUUGUAUUUUUUUACAUUUUUGCCCCUUGACAAUUAUACAUUUCAUUUUUUAAAUCAAUCACUUCAAACUGUAGAAAUAUUUCAUGUUAGAGUUCAUCUGAUUGUGACUUUGGAUUUUCCACGUCACGUUGCCGUCUUGUGUUUAUCACAUUAGGUCCUUUGUUUAUUUAUGGAAAAUUCUGUUUUUUUUCUGUUUUUCUUGUGUCAUUGUUAAUAUCAUGGAUUUUUUAUUUAUUGUGUAUGAUAAAAACAUGUUUUUAAAAUAAAAAAUACAACAAAUGA